UGUCGAUAUGAGCUAGCUCAAUCGAUAGCCUUGACAAACACAAGCCAGCUGAAAAAAAAUAACAAAUUCCCAAAAUAGUUCAUUUGUUCAAGAUAAAGUUGGUAAAAACACAAUAACAAGAUGGGCAAGGGAUUCAACAAUUACAUGUGCAAGAAAUUCUUCCACCCCGCGUCCAGGGACAACCUUAAAAGAGUGUGGAUGGCGGAGCAGCAGGCAGAAGCGUACAAAAAGAAGCAGGAGGAGCUGCGUAACCAGUACGAAAAGGAACAGAAUCUGCACGAGAAUAAGGCAAUGCUCAGCAAGGAUAGUAAAGACAAGCUGAGUGUCAACUUUAUGUAUGAGCCACCUCCAGGAGUGCGAAAAGAGCGGGAAAAGGACGAUAACGAGCCGGAGUAUAAGUUUGAGUGGCAGCGAAAGUACAACGCUCCCAGGGAAUCAUACUGUAAAGGCGACACCGAGAUCCGGGAUCAGCCUUUUGGCAUACAGGUGCGGAACGUGCGCUGCUUAAAGUGCCACAAGUGGGGUCACAUCAACACGGACAAGGAGUGCACAAUGUACAGCAUUUCGAUGAGCGAGGCUCGCAAGCUCCAUGCGGAAACCGAGGCAAGCGACAUCAUGGCCAAGAACGUGCUAGAGGAGCAAAUGAAGGAGGAUGGCCUUAUGAUGAAGCGAUCGGCGCUGGAGCUGCAGAGCAUUAAGGCUAUCCAGCAGCAGCACCAACUUGUACCCAGCGAUGGCGAGGAGGAGGCAAAUGCUGAUAAACAAAACCCCGAGCUCGUCUUUCUCAAAUCCCUGUCCAAGAAGCAAAAGCUGAAGCUGCUCAAAAAGCUGGAAAAGAUCGAACGGAUGAAGCGCAAGGGCGAGGGAAUCAAGAAACCCUCCAAGAAAAAAUCCAAAAAACAAAAGGAGGAAAAGGACAAGAAAAAGAAAUCGAAAAAGGAAAAAUCAGGCAGAAAAGUUAGAAAAUCUUCAGUCAGCGAUAGUUCAUCAUCCUCGUCUUCCUCGGAUAGCAGCGAUUCCGAAGCCAAUCACAAAAGCAAUCACAGAGAUGACAAUAGAAAUGGUCAUCAAAGGUCUAGGGAUUCGGAUCAUCGACGAAGGGAUGAAAAUAGGAAACGCAGAGAUCGAUCCCGGUCUCGUUCUAACAGCAUAGACAGGAGAAGAGACGGUGAGCGCAGGGAAUACUCCAGACGAUAGUAUUAUCUUCGAAAAACCUACCAACAAAAUUUUAACAUUUUUAAUAAACCAUUUUUGUUUGGUAAUUAACCUGGGUUUCAUAUGUACUGUUUUUAAGUAUAUAUAUAACAUUUAAAAAAGA